UCGGACUAUUACAUCAAAAGGUACUGAGGGCAGUGUCAUAGGAGAAAUGCAGCUUUUGAGAAAAUGCAAAAAGAACUUCCAGGACAUGAUCUAGGUUUAUUAGCAAUUAACGAAAUUCAAGUUCACCUUGCACUAGAAGCCACCAAGCACAUAAUCACCAUCGCUCUCUUUCGUGCGCCUCUUCUUUAUGGAAUGCAUAAACUUUUCUGCUGUGGCGUGCUUCUUGUCAGACGCCACUAGCCAGUGUUGGUCUUUUUCAGCACGUCUUUGAACUGCUGUGCUGCCUUGGCUCAAGUGUGGCUCCUUCAAGAUGGCCUCAGAGGCAUGUUUCUUCCCAGCAUUAACCCUGGUGAUUGCUUCAGCAACAGAAGUUUCCACUGUGAAAUGCAGGGCAUGUUUGCUUUUAGGCACAAGCGACCAGGGGUGCGAUUUUGUACGCGUUCCAAAAUGGAACGGAGGCGUUCCGUUCCAUCGAGCCGCACACGAUUGGUCAAUUUGAACCGUGACGAACGCCAUGACGUCAAUUGUGACGUGAACCGUGACGUCUUGUUGCUGUCAAUCAUUCCGUGUCGUCUGCUAACGGACGAACGCAACGGAACGGUUGCCGAGUCCGUCCGUUUCGAUAGAACGGAUUAGAACGGCUGCCAGACGACUUGGAUUGGAUUAAAACGUAAGCGCUUGGGACAGUUAGCUUCUUUCGUAUCCGGUUCAAUCCAAAUCGGGAAUCCCAACAGUUGGAGAAAAUGGCGUUUUCUUUCUCUGCCGUGUCUUUUCGUGUCGCCUGUGCGGCUGCUGCAGUCGCGCAGAGACGAUGCCGACGUAGAUGAUGCAUUUAAAGAGUUGACGGAGGAAGAGUUCCGGCAAUAUUUUCGUCUGUCCAAACGAACAGUGCGUCGCUUGUGCGACGAGCUUGACUCCAUCAUUGGAUGCCAGCGAGCCAGUGGCCUUUCCACAGAAAGGAAGGUGUUGUGCGCGCUGCGAUUUUUCGGCACUGGAAGCUUCCGGAGGAGCGUUGGUCGCGAGGAGCAAAUAGGCAUGGCGCAGCCGGCCGCGAGCAACACCAUCCAGGAGGUGACGGAGGCCAUCAUUUCCGUGUCUGCCCGGAGAAAGUUGGUGGACUUUUCAUUGACACCGGCUGCCAAGGAUGAGGCAAAGGAGGCGUUUGCGCGACGCGGUGCCAUUCCAGGCGUGCUAGCGUGCGUCGACGGCACGUUGAUCGCCGUUAUGAAGCCAGAGGGACUCAGCCCGGCCGACACGGCGAGCUUCAUGUCGAGAAAGGGUUAUUACGCCCUCAACGUCAUAGUCGUGUGCAACUCGGAACUUUGCAUCCUUGUUGUGGACCUCCGGCUCCCUGAUUCGGGCCACGACUCUUGGAUGUGGCAGCAUAAUCCACUGUGUACGCGCCUCGCCACACAACUGCAGCCUGGCGAGUCUCUGCUUGGUGGCCAGCUACGACUAGUGCCAGGGAGCGCACCUUCUCCAGUAUGCUCUCCUGAGCCGCUGCCGUCCUCUCUGCCGCGAUGGCGAGCCGAGUGGUGGAUUGUUCGAUCCUUCGCAGCACCUGAAAUGUAUAAUUGUGGUGGAAUUGUUCAUAUGAGUUGCUGA